GACCUCGACAAUGUAAAGGCAAAAUACGCUUUUGCAACUUUCCUCGCCGGAAAUGCCGAUCAGGACGAGAACUGGGAGAACGACCACUAUUUUAUCGCUACGCGCAUUCUCGCAUACCAGCUGUUGCAUGCGCCCGAGACUUCAUCUCGCGACAAGUCGAUUCCCUUCGUUGUUCUGGUCACUGAGAAUGUGUCGGAACAAAAGAGACAGAGAUUGCGUAAGGACGGAGCGGUCGUGGUUGUCGCAGACUUUAUCAAGGCCGAUUGGGUCAAGACCGAGACCAGCACGUGGCAGGACGUCAUGACCAAGCUGCGUCUGUGGGAGCUGGACCAGUUUGAGCGCAUCUGCUUCCUCGACGGCGAUACUGUCCUGGUCGAGCCUUUGGACGCCAUCUUCGCUGACGAGGCCGUCGAGACUCGUGGCACUCUGACCCAGCCUGCUGCCACAUUGUCCGAUGAGGGAGUCAUGCCUCUCGAGUACAACUUUGCUGGUGUACCCGAGAUGAAUCGCGACCACGGUUACCCUCCCACCGUAGAACACAACGACUAUCCCAACGUCGGCUACCUCAACGCUGGCUUCUUCGUUUUCAAGCCUUCGCGCGAAAUGUUCGACUACUACAUGUCGCUCCUCAAGCUGAACGGCCGCUUCGACCCUCAGUUCCCCGAGCAAAACUUGCUGAACUACGCCCACCGCCAGGAUGGAAACAUGCCCUGGACUAAGCUCGGCAAUGAGUGGAAUAUCCACUACCCUAAGGUCGACGACCUUCUUGGUGGAGUUAAAAGUCUGCACGAGAAGUGGUGGUCGCCCGAGGUUGAAGAUCUCAAGCCUUAUAUGGAGAGCUGGCGCUGGAGAAUGGAAGGCCACUACGAGGCCAGAGAC